UUUAGUCUACGACUAAACUGGAUUAAUCGUUUAUCAGUUGAACUUUGGAAAUCAAUUGACAAGAUCAAUUGAUAACUAAACGGAUGUAAAAAUCGUUUUCCCUAAGAUUAUGCAGCUAAUGUGGCAUGUUAGAGGGAAAUUCAAAACAAGAACAAUAAUAUUGCCAAAUUGUUGUUAAUUAGCGUUCACUCGUGUUUGAUUCGUGACGAAUUUCGUACGUUACGUGAUUUAGCCAGUUUUUUUCAACUAACAAACGCGAUGCCCUUGCAUUUGUAAUGUUUAUGUCCGACGCCUCAUGCUGAUAACCUUUUAAUCGUCGAUAAUGCGAAUUUGUACCGAAAUCUUCAGUCUUAAAACCACCACGUCCAGCAACACACAUCAAGACAUCAACCGUGCAGAAACAAAAUAGCAUCGCACAAGAUGAGCAGCACGGUGUCGACGACCGAAAUGAAAACAAUACCGGCCCGUCCCAUCGUCAGACUGAAGGCGGACGAACACAAGUCGAAGCUGGUCCGCACCUCGUCCAUCGAGAAGAUACGCCGCUUCAACAGCUACAUCUGCGCCCAGCACUACUACGUCGUGCCGGCCUUGCUCACGUGGCUCAAAAGCUCCCAUUCCUGUCUCCAAUCGUCGGCCGAGAAGACCAUUUUGUUCUUCCGCUCGCUGAUCUUCAACGCGUUCUUCUAUCGCGUCAUCCAGAACGUGUUCAGGGUAAAGGCCGGCGUGGUGGAGAAGAUGGAUCCGGACGCGCUGAAGGAGAACCUGAUCUCCAACUUUUACGAUUACUUUUCGGGUAGCUUCGAAUCGACUUUGCUGUCGAUGGGGGUUUACUUCGUUUCGGUGCUAGUCUAUUCGCAGCUGUUGAUUUCGAUCUACUUCCUGUCGCUGGUGCCCAUCCCUGGCGGUUUGUACUUCUUGCUUCUGACCGGAGUCUACAUAUCGUUCCUCUGUUACAAGUCGAUCUUCUUUUAUAAAAACAAGACCAACUGAUUAUAAGACUUUAUUUUAUUUAUUUAAGUUUUAACUGCUUGAUAAUAACAACGGUGUGAUUGAUUUUUAUAUUUUAAAUUAAUUUUAACAUUGUUUUAACGUAGAUCGUUGAUCGAUAGUGUACUGAUUUUUUUCGGACGAAUAUUUUGGAUGUAUAUAGUAAUUUUAUAGUAGUUGGAUUAGAUGUAUAUAUUUUUUACAACUAUUCGAAUUUAAUAAAAUUUUAUUAUUGACUUAA